AGUCACGAGCAUCGCAAGCUUUUGGUGUACGAUGUUAUGGUCCGGUUAAUGCCGGUGCUGAAUGUUUGUAUCGAAAAACACCCAUAAUUUUCAGGGAAUUCAUGCAGUUUCAGUUCAGAUACGGUGCUGUCUGUUUGCAAAAUGUGCGAAUCCCAAUUUGUCCCCGUAACAAAUUGCUAAAUUUAAACGGCGCGUCUUAAAAUCCAAGCAGAGCUUUAUCGAAGAGAUGAUUUUGCAGCCCAACAAUGUGGAGCUUACGAAAAUACACUAUUACGAUCAGAGUAAAAGGUAAGUCGCAAAACAUGUCGGUUUCGACGAUAUCGCGAGAAAUGUAUCAAAAUGGAUUUAAUAAAAAUGUGAUGAUAAAACGGGACAUGUUCGGUCACAAAUGGAUCUUGAAGAUCAACGAACAGAAGAGCCAAGACCCCAAAAAGAAAAACCGGCUAAAACUGAUGCUGCUUAUUUACGUUUCAGUUUUCUUCAGUACAAUUUUAGCUUUGUGUUGUGGAAUCAUAUUUUCCCUUGAUUACAACAUAUUUCGACCGGAAAACAAAAACACUCCGCAUGCAAACAUCAAUAACACAACAGUAAAAAGCUCAAACAUGCUGUUGGGUAACAACAAUCAAAUGAACGAAACUAAAACUGACUAUAUAACUAAAGCAACCGAUAAAGAAAGCAAUUCAAGUAUUAACUCAAUCAGUAGCCGAGAAGACUCAAAGGAAUUGAUCAGGCCAUAUUGCGUAAAUUGCACGGAAGAUGAGGUUUGUAUAAAAACAGCAGAAACGAAAAAACCAACAUGCCUUCCAAUGACUGAUAAAAGGGACACGACAGGUUGUGGUGGUUUGUGUAAAAUCAAUGAGGAAUACUGUAAACUGCUCGACAAGACCAUCAAAGUAUAUCAGUGCUUAGCAUUGAAUAAUCGCUUGAAAUGCCCUGAAAAUACAUUCAAUUGCGGAAACAUGUGCGUAUCUAUGGACAAACGCUGCAACGGCCAAAUUGAUUGCGCCAACAUGAUGGACGAAAAAAAUUGCGUGUGUGAGUUGGAAACUCACUUCCAAUGUGGAAACCAAACUUCUUGCCUAGAUAAAGUGAAAUUAUGCAAUGGCAAAGUGGAUUGUUGGGACAAAUCAGAUGAAGUACAAUGCCAAAAAGAUGUAUUUUGUCAAAAAAACCAUGUACCAUGUUCAAAUGGGCAGUGUAUUCCAAAGGAAAAAAUGUGCGACAGUGUUUUCGACUGCGUGGACAAAACCGAUGAGCCGUUCUGGUGCCAACAAAUUAGAAAUACUUAAAAAUAUUUUUUUAAAGACGACUGAAAAAUAUAUAAAUACCUAUAAAAACACUGUUAAUUGGGAAAUAAACCACAGUAGUUUA